GUAGAAUACUUCUGGUUCGGGGAGACUAAUUUAUACUGAAUUUAUCAACUCAUCUGUAAUAAAUAUUUGACUUAUUGUUUUGUAUAAACUAUGUCGAAUACUGAUCUGAUUUUCAAAUUGCUUUGCUUAUAGACAAUACAAACAGUUGACACUGGUUUAAUCUAGCAAGAACAAAACUGUGAAAUACGGAUACUAUUCUCACAUUUUCGUUUCUGCCUAUCUUGAGUAAAAGGGUAUAAAAAAAGCAAACUAUACAGUUUAUCUAUCACCUUUGGAUAAUUUCAUAAUUCUAAAGUAUAAUAAUAAUUACUGAUCAAGUAUUUCAUCAAAACUGGCCCCACCAAAUACAAAUCAAAUGAAGAAAAGAACAAGUGCUGAAUAUAGCGCUGCUAUUUCAGACGCUACAGGAGAUCUUGGCUGUUUUGGUUUCAUCCUUCUCGGUAUCUCCUAUCUACUGAUUCUCAUUACACUUCCCUUCUCUUUAUGCUUUACAACACGAGUAAUCGCUGAAUAUGAAAGAGCGGUUAUAUUUCGUUUGGGUAGAAUUCUUCCAGGAGGUGCAAAAGGUCCAGGUUUAUUUUUUGUUGUACCUUGUAUGGAUCGAAUGCGUAAAGUGGAUUUGAGAACAGUGACAUUUGAUGUACCACCACAAGAAGUACUUACAAGGGAUUCUGUGACAGUUGCCGUUGAUGCUGUUGUUUAUUAUCGAAUAUACAAUCCAGUGGUAGCAAUUACAAAUGUAGAAGAUGCGGAUCGUUCCACACGUCUUCUCGCAGCAACCACCUUGAGAAAUGUGUUGGGUACAAAGAAUUUAUCUGAAAUUCUAUCAGAACGUGACAUUAUCUCUAGUAUGAUGCAGACUAUGUUGGAUGAAGCCACAGAUCCAUGGGGUGUGAAAGUAGAACGAGUUGAAGUUAAAGAUGUGCGUCUUCCUGUUCAAUUACAACGUGCUAUGGCAGCAGAAGCUGAAGCAGCCAGAGAAGCUCGUGCAAAAGUUAUUGCUGCUGAAGGUGAAUGGAAAGCCUCACGUGCAUUGAAAGAAGCUGCAGAUGUUAUCACUCUAUCACCAUUUGCUGUACAGCUAAGAUAUUUACAAACAUUGAGUACAAUAUCAGCGGAGAAGAAUUCCACCAUUAUCUUUCCAUUACCAGUUGAUUUAGUUACACAUUUUAUGCACAAUAAUCAUGGAUCGAAUAACAAUAAUAAUAAGAAAAAUAAUCACAACAAUAACAAUAAUAAUAAUGUUGAUAACAAUACUACUAGUCAAGUAAAAGUAGCCCCACCGCCACGUCUCGGUCUUAUCGAUAGUGGAAGUAAUAAGAAACCAUUGGAUACAAUCCCGACGACAAUACCAGUUAUCGGUGGGACAACAAUAAUCGCUACUAGUGGAGUUAUGUCACCGCCUGUACCUGUUGUCAUCGGUGGAGAAAUCCCAUUUACUGAUAGUAACAAUAACAGCAAUAAUAUUAAUAACAACCAAUUUAAUGUUUAA